CUUUACCCGCUAUAGCUCCUUUCUUUCUGAUCUUCUUCUUGUUGUUGUUCAAGUCUAGGCCAAGUUUUCUUAGAGAAUAUUCUUUCUUCUUUGCCUUAUCAAAAAAUGGGUGAAGCCGUCGAGAUCUUCGUUCCCAAUGGUUUCUCAAACUUCUACGAAAAACCAGAUCAAAACAUCGGCAACCACAAAGACUCUAGUUGGUACGAGGAAGUCAUUGACGACGACCUCAAAUGGUCAUUUGCUUUGAAUAGUGUGCUGCAUAGAGGAACCAGCGAGUUCCAGGAGAUAGCUCUCUUGGACACAAAGCGCUUUGGAAAGGUGUUGGUGAUUGAUGGGAAAAUGCAGAGUGCUGAAAUUGACGAAUUUAUCUAUCACGAAUGCUUGAUACACCCCGCUCUUUUGUUCCACCCAAACCCAAAGACUGUAUUUGUAAUGGGGGGUGGCGAAGGGUCUACAGCAAGAGAAGCACUCAAGCACAAGUCUGUGGAGAAGGUGGUCAUGUGUGAUAUUGAUCAGGAGGUGGUGGAUUUCUGCCGCAGAUAUUUGACAGUGAAUCACGAAGCUUUUCGCCACAAAAAGCUUAAUCUUGUCAUUAACGAUGCUAAAGCUGAAUUGGAAGAGAGGAAAGAAAAGUUCGACGUCAUAGUGGGAGAUUUAGCAGACCCAGUUGAAGGAGGCCCUUGUUAUCAGCUCUACACAAAGUCAUUUUAUGAAAGAAUUCUUAAGCCCAAGCUCAAAUCCAAUGGCAUCUUUGUAACCCAGGCUGGACCAGCAGGCAUUUUCACUCACAAGGAAGUGUUCUCCUCUAUACACAACACAAUCAAACAGGUCUUCAAAUAUGUGAUAGCAUACACAGCUCACAUACCAUCUUUUGCAGAUACAUGGGGAUGGGUUAUGGCAUCUGACCAGCCUUUCUCAGUCAAUGCUGAGGAAAUUGACAAAAGGAUCAAGGAAAGAAUAGAUGGAGAAUUGUUCUACUUAAGUGGUGCCCUGUUUCUCUCCUCUGCAACGUUGAAUAAAACUGUUGCCUUGUCGUUGUUGAACGAAACUCAUGUCUACACUGAAGAAGACGCGAGGUUUAUUCAUGGACAUGGAGUGGCAAACCGCCAUUGACAUCUCAAAACAAGCCACAAUUUGGGGGGAAUUUGCUGUACAGAAAAGUUAGAAAAAGAGAAGCGAAGUCUGGAAAUUACAGCAUCAAAAGUUACAAACUUAUCGAAAGAAAUUAAUCAAUCAACAAUUUGUUUGAAGUAUAUUUGGUUGUAGACUUGCAAGAAAUGUUAGCUUGAUUGGGUUGUUCAUAGGAUUCAAAGUGAUAGUUUUAUGUUAAAAGAACUUUAUCCUAUAUUAAAUAUGAAUGAACUAUGAUAUGAGGCAUUCCUCCACUAUAUUUCCUAUCAUUUUGAUUUUUUCUCACUUUCAAUAUAUAAUUCCCCAGUUUUCGUUAUAUUG